AGAAUAAUAAUAGGACGGAAAGAAGCUUCACUCCUGCAGUGAUCGUACACUAACAUUUCUGCCCAAGACACAAUUGAGAGAUUGGUAUCUUGCGAUCUCAGACAGGUAAUCAGUCCUACAAACGUAGAAGAAGAAUCAUAGUUGAAAACGAGAACACACAAAGGAGACUCAGUCCAUCGAUCGAUCGACCAAAACAGAGGCUUAAUGGAGGAGUACGAAGAUAUAUUGUUGAAGUCGCUCCAGAAUGCUGGCGUUUCAAUCCCAACCGAUGUUUCUUCGAUGCCAGACUUGAAUCCGGCAACCGUGGUCUCGAUCUGCAGUCAGUGUCUUAACCUUCUCGAUGAAACGGCAUCGUUCCCAACAUCUUUCCCCGAUUCGCUGGUCGAUAAAUUCAAGAUCUGUACGGACAUCGCGUUAGCUAUUAAAAGACUCGGUUACAUUGGGGAUAUGACCUACUAUAAGAUUAUAUGUCUUGCUUACGGCAGCUCCUGUAUCCAUCUGAAGAGGACUUGUACAAGUUGGUAAGGUUCUUGGUCGAGAGGCUCUCUGAGUCGUCUAAUGUUGUUAAAAUCCCUCAUCUGAAUAAUGUGAAAGCCACGAACAAAAUAAAUGAGAAUAACUCUAUGGGUAAUUUGGAGGACUGGAUUGAGAAGACUGAUAGCAAAGGAUUUGAUCUGGACCAUCCGCAAGAAAAAUUGGAAGACCUUAGUCUUAGUAAUGUAUUAUCAGAGUCAUCUGAAUCCAAGGUUGAAGAUGCAUCCUUUGGUGGGUCAAUACCACAAAAUGUCAUUGAGGACAAGCUACCUGGUAAAGUUAAUGGCAGCUUUUUGGCUGCAGAAGAAGAUGAAUCAGGAAGGAAUACAUUUGGAAGUGAAGAAACUCUUGAUCAGAAAGAUGAUAAGCAUGUCCAGAAAGUGACUCCUUCCGAGGACCAUUUAUGUGAGACAAGACAUGAGACUGAAAUGUUACAAGAUCAAGAAAGAGUUCUUUUGAAAGAGGUGACUGCAAGAACUUCAGAAUUGCAGAAGCUUGAAGAAGAGUUUAAGAUGUUAAAGGCCGCAGCACAUUUGGCAUUUGAUGACCAGUAUCCUAUAGACUUUCACCUUGAGCAGCUUAGCAAGCAUGUGGAUUCCCGAAAGUGUAAUAUUAUGGAAUUGGAGUCCGAGUGGGAUGCUUUCAGAAAGCCUCUGGAGGAGAAAAAGAGAAGCCUCGAAGAGUCUCUUUAUGCAGACAUUCCAGAGGCUCAAAAGAAGCUCCAAAAGCUGAGGGAAGUUGAGCUGGAAAAGCAGUUGAUCUUGUCUGAAAUUAGGAGGCGGGAGGAGGAACAAUCAAAACUUUCUGAAGAUCUUGAUAAGCAGCCUAGACAGUCGACUAGAACAUCAUAUAUAGAGCGGAUAAAGGAAAUCACCAAAAACAGUCGGAAACAGGAUGCUGACAUAGAGCGAAUUUUAAAGGAAACCCGAGACCUGCAGUUAGAAAGUAAUUCUAUCCAAGAACGUCUUCAUAGAACCUAUGCUGUUCUGGAUGAAAUAGUAUUCAGGGAAGCAAAGAAGGACCCAGUAGGGCGUCAAGCUUAUAGGCUACUCACGAGUAUACACGAGUGCUUUGAACAAAUUUCUGAGAAAAUCCUCAUGGCAGACAGGGUACAAAGAGAAGUGGCUGGAUAUGAAAAGAAGCUAACAUCCGUGACCUCCCGUAGCUUAAAUGUAGAUAAACUGCAAGCCGAUCUUGAUGCCAUUAUAAAGGAAAAUGAGCACCUCGCACAUCGUCAAAAUAAUUGAUUAAACCCACAACCCAUUUUUUGUCUAUGAUAUUAUGUUCUUUCAAUUGUUGUUCCAUGGCAUAAACCGGCUGUAAUUGUUUCUGGGGAAUUUGAAUUCACAGACGAUAAAAUCAUUAGUCACUUUAUCAAAUGAUAGCAAUAGUACGUUUAUGAUCACA